AUGCUUCCCAUGGUCGACGACCCCUCCGCCGCCGGCGCCGCUGCGUCCUCCUCCUUCCCUGACGCCGACGCCUAUGGCAACGGGGACUCUGAAGACAUCGAGUUCCCAGUCGAUCCAAUUCCCAAUCCUCCCUUCUCCUCCUCUGCUCCCGUCGCCGCCCCCGCCUCUGCCACGGCCACGGUCGGGGAGCGGCGGCCCCUGUUCCAGCGGCUAUGGACGGAGGAGGACGAGAUCGUGAUCCUACGCGCGUUCGCCGAGUUUACGGCGCAGCGGGGCACGGCGUUCGCGUCCCACCAGUACGACACGGAACCCUUCUACGAGGAGAUGCGCCGACGCCUCCAGCUCGAUUUCUCCAAGAGCCAGCUCGCCGAGAAGCUUCGCCGCCUUAAGCGCAAGUACCGCAACUGCGUCGAGCGCCUCCGUUGCUCCGGCAACACGUUCUCCUUCCGCUCCCCUCACGAGCAGGCCGUCUUCGAGAUCGCUCGCAACAUCUGGCGCCCCUCCUCCGACAAGCACGGCCGCGACCCCAACGCCGCUGACUCUGAAGACGACGCCACAAUCACCGGCACGAAUGCUGCAGCCAACGGAGACGCCAAGUCCCCGUCCUCCUCAAAGGCGCAUCGCCGUGGCCGCCGCAGGCGUACGGCUGACUUGGCUGCCGAUGCGUCCGAGGGGCCUCAGCCGUACAUAUCGGGGCCCAUGCCUGUCAAGACGGAGGACUCGCUGCCGGCAUUCUUUCCUCAGGUCUCCAUGGACGGUGCUGAGCCUGUUGUGGCGCCAGUGGUGAACACGGAGAGCAGCGUCCUGACGCCUCUGUUCAAGGAAAUGGUCCGUGCCAUGCUAGGCAUCGGCGGCUGCCCGUCGCCGCUGGGCCUGGGAGCGAAGGUGCGGGAGCAACCGUCUGCAGUUCUCGGGAUACCCAUGGAGGGAGAGAAGUGGAGGCAACAGAGGAUUCUGGAGCUGGAGGUGUACCUGCGGCGGAUCGACCUGCUGCAGGACGAGGUGAAGUCGGCACUGGAGGAGCUAAAAUCCACGCCGCCAACAUGA